CCUGGUGCAAUCCGCGCCGCCUGCCGCAUCAGCCGGACCGAGGCGGAGCCGCGGCUGCGGGAGUUACAUCAUCCCCGACGGCGCGGCCAGGAGCCGCAGCGGCCGCGCAGACAAAGGCGCUCGCCGCUCGGGGACGGCGCAUUGGCUCGCUGCGCUGCGCCCUCGCCGCUGGCACCAUGGAGCGCCGCUGCUGCUGUUGCUCUUAGGCGGGGAGGGACGCAGGAUCCCACCCUACCCGCCGCCCCGAGGUGGGGGUCCUCUGGAUUGGGCGCUACCCUCCUCUUGGAUUCCGCCUACCCUGCAGGAUCGUCGGCCAAGGAAGGGAGAAAAGCAGUCCGGAAUUGGGGGGCGAGAAAGCAAGAGAAGGACCCCUCUCCAAAAUAAAGACCCGCAUAUAGGGAACGCCGUCGAGGCCGACGCCAAAGAUGAGUCUGCUUGCACAGGAGUGCCCUCUGGUCGUUGCAUCACAGAAGAAGCAGCGGCUGGACUUUGAUGAUGCACCUGAGACCAGCAUCCCAGAAGCCAAGCGCCCGCGUCUCAGCCUGCUGCCAAGCCCAAGCCCCUGCCUCCAACCCCUUGCCUCCAGCCCCCUUCCUGCCACAGACCGGGAGUCGGGGAUAUCCGAGAUUGGCCCAUAUAUCCUCCUCGGGGCCACCGAAGGCGGUCGCUGCUACAGGGCUGUGGACAGACACACAGAGGCAGAAUACACCUGCAAGGUCUAUCCAGCCAAGAGCUACCCAGAGGCGCUGGCCCCUUACGCCGCCCUUCCAGCGCAUCCCAACAUCGCCCGUGUGGCGGAUGUGAUAGUCGGGGACCAGAACAUUUACGUCUUCUUCCAGCCCGGGAGGGAUGACAUGCAUAACUAUGUGCGGCGGUGCAAGCGCCUUCCUGAGCCCGAGGCUGCUGUCCUCUUCCGUCAGAUGGCCGAAGCGGUCGCCCACUGCCACCAGCAUGGCGUGGUCCUCCGGGACCUCAAACUGCGGAAAUUCGUGUUUGCUGACCGAGAAAGAUCCAAACUGCUGCUGGAGAAUCUGGAGGACUCGUGUUUGCUGAAAGGUCCCGACGACUCCUUGGAGGACAAGCGCGGCUGCCCGGCCUACGUGGGUCCCGAGAUCCUCAGCUCCAAGGAGUCCUACUCUGGCAAGGCUGCUGACAUCUGGAGCCUGGGCGUGGUGCUCUAUACCCUCCUCGUGGGGUGCUACCCCUUCCAAGACACCAAGCCCCUGUCGCUCUUCGGCAAGAUCCGCCGCGGGCGCUUUGCCGUCCCCGAGGACCUCUCUCCCAAAGCCCGCUGCCUCGUCCGCUGCCUCCUGCGAAAGGACCCAUCUGAGAGGCUGACGGCCAGCGGGAUACUCUUGCACCCAUGGCUGGCUCCUGGCAGCGCCUCUGAGGGCUCGUGGAGCGGCCCCUCCAGAGAUCAGGGGCUGGAGCAGGUGGUCCCAGACGUGGGGGGCUUGGGGGAGGUCAAGGCCAAAGAGGAAGAGGAGGGAGGCCUGUACAGCUGAGUCGCCAAGGAGAACGAGAUGGACAAAAAAGCAACAGGGUGACUCUUGUCUUGACCUGACUAGCCAUGAACCAUGGGAGGGAGACCCCCUCUCACCCUUCAGUUCCCUCGCUCGGAUCGUGCCCCAGAAAGAAGUGUCUUCAAGCGAAGGCAACAAUCACAUUUGCCAGCAAACUGGG